AUAUUUAUAAGCGUUGUAAGCGCGCGCUUUUGCCCCGAGCCUGUUGCAUCGUCUACACACACACACACAAACAUGCGGACGUUACUGCUGUUAUUGGCGUGUACAAGUGCCGUGAUAGCAGUGCCGCAAUACUUGUCACAUGGUGGAUUGUAUGCGCAUGCGCCUGUAGCGGUUUCCGCCCCAGUGAUACAUGCUCCGAUAGCAGUCGAGCCAGUUUCAUAUCCAAAGUACGCGUUCAAUUAUGGCGUGAAGGAUCCACAUACAGGCGAUAUUAAAUCACAACAAGAAGAAAGGGACGGAGAUGUUGUGAAAGGAAGCUACUCGCUAGUAGAGCCCGAUGGUUCAACACGAACUGUGGAUUACUCAGCCGACGACCACAAUGGAUUUAAUGCCGUUGUCCACAAGACCGGACACGCAGUGCAUCCGGUGGCAGUUGCAGCUCCUAUAGCACAUUACGCUCCUGCACCAGCUAUAUCAAUUUCUCCCUAUGGAUUACACUAGGGAACGACAUUUUAGAUGACGAUAAUAUAAUUUUAAAUGACAUCUCUCGUAAUUUAAGUAAAAUUCUUUUUAAACUAAAAGCAAAGAUGGUAUGGACAGGGUAACGAUAUAAAGCUACUAUUCAAGUAUAUUAUAUAUAUUAUUUUGUAUGUAUAUAGAUAAAUAAUUAGUUCUGUAUGUGGACAUUUGUCUACUUUAUUUUGACGAGUGUUAAAUUGCCAGUUGAGGGAAGCAUCAAAAGUACAAGUUAAUGUUAAAUAUACAAGACAUUAGUAGAUAAGUAUAUUUGUAUUAGUAAGUUUUAAUCGAUAACUUUAAUGUAAUAAGAAAAUUUUAUACAGUUUUUUUAUUUAUAAAUUC